GGACUACGAAGGCGGCGACGCUGCUCCCAACUUGCCAAGAGGCGCUGGACUCGAUUGGCGCGCAGAUCCUCCCCGCGGGCUGGGGGGCAAGGCGGGCGCCGGGCUGGAGGUGGUGGAAGAGAUGGGAGCCGAGGUGUGGGCGUGACAGCCCACAGUUGGCAGAGAACGUGUUAGGGGCACAGAGGAUGGAGAUGGUCAGGAUGGCUUUGCUCCUGCUGCCGCCCCUGUGGCUUCUGCCUCUCACUGGGGGAUCCCAGAGGGCUGAGCCCAUGUUCACUGCAGUCACCAACUCAGUUCUGCCCCCUGACUAUGACAGCAACCCCACCCAGCUCAACUAUGGAGUGGCAGUGACAGAUGUGGACCACGAUGGGGACUUCGAGAUCGUUGUGGCAGGGUACAACGGCCCCAACCUGGUUCUGAAGUACAAUCGAGCCCAGAAUCGGCUAGUGAACAUUGCAGUGGACGAGCGCACCUCACCCUACUACGCUCUGAGGGACCGGCAGGGGAACGCCAUUGGUGUCACAGCCUGUGACAUCGAUGGGGAUGGUCGUGAGGAGAUCUACUUUCUCAACACCAAUAACGCCUUCUCAGGUGUGGCCACAUACACAGACAAGUUGUUCAAAUUCCGAAAUAACCGGUGGGAAGACAUCCUGAGUGAUGACGUCAAUGUGGCCCGUGGAGUGGCCAGCCUCUUUGCGGGACGCUCAGUGGCCUGUGUGGACAGGACGGGCUCUGGACUAUACUCUAUCUACAUAGCGAACUAUGCCUACGGUGAUGUGGGGCCUGAUGCCCUCAUCGAAAUGGACCCUGAGGCCAGUGACCUGUCCAGAGGGAUCCUGGCACUCAGGGACGUGGCUGCUGAGGCUGGGGUCAGCAAGUACACAGCGGGCCGGGGUGUCAGCGUGGGCCCCAUUCUCAGCAACAGUGCCUCAGAUAUCUUCUGUGACAAUGAGAAUGGACCCAACUUCCUCUUCCACAACCAAGGCAAUGGCACCUUUGUGGAUGCUGCAGCUAGUGCCGGUGUAGACGACCCUCAUCAGCAUGGCCGAGGUGUGGCCCUGGCAGAUUUCAACCGUGACGGGAAAGUAGAUAUCGUCUAUGGCAACUGGAAUGGCCCACACCGCCUCUAUCUGCAGAUGAGUGCUCACGGGAAGGUCCGAUUUAGGGAUAUCGCUUCACCCAAGUUCUCCAUGCCUUCCCCGGUCCGGACUGUCAUUGCUGCUGACUUCGACAAUGACCAGGAACUGGAAGUCUUCUUCAACAACAUUGCCUACCGAAGCUCCUCAGCCAAUCGCCUCUUCCGUGUUAUCCGCAGGGAGCACGGGGACCCUCUCAUCGAGGAGCUCAAUCCUGGGGAUGCCUUAGAGCCUGAGGGCCGGGGUACAGGGGGUGUAGUGACUGACUUCGACGGCGAUGGGAUGCUGGACCUCAUCUUGUCACAUGGGGAGUCCAUGGCUCAGCCGCUGUCUGUCUUCCGGGGAAAUCAGGGCUUCAGCAACAACUGGUUGCGUGUGGUGCCUCGCACCCGGUUCGGGGCCUUUGCCAGGGGCGCCAAGGUUGUACUCUACACCAAGAAGAGUGGGGCGCACCUACGGAUCAUUGACGGGGGCUCCGGCUACCUGUGUGAGAUGGAGCCAGUGGCACACUUUGGCCUGGGAAGGGAUGAAGCCAGCAGCGUGGAGGUCACGUGGCCAGAUGGCAAGAUGGUGAGCCGAAGUGUGGCCAGCGGAGAGAUGAACUCAGUGUUGGAAAUCCUCUACCCCCGGGACGAAGACAAACUUCAGAACACAGCCCCACUAGAGUGCGGCCAAGGAUUCUCCCAGCAGGACAAUGGCCAUUGCAUGGACACCAAUGAGUGCAUCCAGUUCCCAUUUGUAUGCCCUCGAGACAAACCCGUGUGUGUCAACACCUAUGGAAGCUACAGGUGCCGGACCAAUAAAAGAUGCAAUCGGGGCUAUGAGCCCAACGAAGACGGCACAGCCUGUGUGGCUCAAGUGGCCUUUUUAGGUGGGUAUUCUUCGGCUGCCUUUAGACUCUCUGAGCCUCUCUCUCAGGUCUCGUAUCUUUCUCUAGGCCUGGGACUUUGCCUUCAGUUAUAUGCACUUUAAAUCCCAUCAAUAAAGGAAAAAAAAUCUAACAACCUUUGUGGAAAACUAUAUCUCUCCUGCUGCCUACCUCUCUCCACACCCAAUAGAUUCCGCCAUGUGCUCCUUCGAACGGACAGCAGGGGUGGCCAUCUUUGAAAAGGGAAGUUUGGGAGAUACUGAUGGGACCUUAGUUGUUGGUGAAGCCCUUCUUUGCAUGUUUUCUGAGAAAACAGAAAAGGAAAGUAUCUCCCUCUACCCCACCCCUCAUUCCGUCAGAAGAACCAAGAGAGUCCAGUCGUUUCUGUAUCUUCGUGAGCGUCUUAUUUUGCCCUUAACAAAGAUGGCUCCCAGGUGGUUGCUUGCUCAGUUGAUUCAGUAAUGUAUCAUGUGCCUGCUGACUUGGCCUGUGCUGUUGCUGCUUUGUACAACCUGAUUUCCUAUGAUUACGAAAGCCUUAUUGGGUUGGUGGUGGUGACGGGAAAGGGAAGGGUGGCCCUUUGGGACUGUCGAUAAAAAUGCUUAAGUUUGAACUUGC